UUUAGCAUAAGCUUAGCUUCCAUACUGUAAUACAAAAUCAUGGCGGACUUGAUAAUAUCCCAACUUGUAGUUGCGCCGUUGUUUAGGCAGAAUUAGAGAGAAUGCCAUGCUAAAUUAUUGUUUAUUUCCUUAAAUAAUUAAGGAUGGGUUAGUUUGCCCACGGCCUGGCUUACGCUGCCAAUAUUUGUGCCUGUUUUUUCCUCUGCUGCCCAUGUGGAAUUAAAUUACUGGCUAUUGCUAUCCACUUCUUUUUCUCGUCCCCUAAAAAUACUUUUUCUUUAAAAAUGCAUUUCCAUUUUCAGAGGCAAUCAGCAUACAACCUAUGCAGUGGAAAAUUCUUGGUCAUAGGUUCUUGCGCUUGCACAGUUGCACGCACCCAUAACCAACAUCAUAUCCCAUAAUUAAAUAAUCACAAGCCGCCGCCGCCGCCGCCGCCACCACCGCUUCCAUCAUUAAUUCAUCAUCACUUUCCUCUCAUACUUCAACUGCAAUUAGUCAGAAGAAAGAAAAAUUGAAAAAGAAAAAAUGCCUGGCACAGCUGCUGCAGUAACUUCCCGUGAAGAAGAGAGAAGUCUCCAAGACGACCUAGCUUUGCUGAUAUUAUUAGCUGAUCGGGUCAUCAAGUCAGCCCAGGAAUCAGAAUCCUCGAAACAAGAUUGCUCCGACUUAUCAAAACAGGUUGACCGUCUUUCUGAGCUACUACGCUCCGUCGUCCGCUUCACCUCUUGCACACCUUCUCUCUACGACCGCCCUCUCCGCCGCAUCAUCUCCGACAUAACCAAAAACCUGGAGCGUGCCCUUACCCUCGUCCGCAAAUGUAAACACAACAACGUUCUUCGCCAAGUCUUUUCAAUAACUUCAACUACUGAUUUCCGGAAGGUAUCAAACCUUGUAGAAUCUUCCAUUGGUGACAUGAAAUGGCUUUUAUCCAUUUUCGAGUCUGAUGGUGGUCUUUCUCUUUCACUCCCUCCUAUUGCUAGUAACGAUCCUAUUCUUGCUUGGGUUUGGACUUAUAUAUCAACUAUCCAAAUGGGUCAGAUAAAAGAUCGUACUGAUGCUGCUAAUGAACUUGCUUCUUUAGCUAAAGAUAGUGACAGGAACAAGAAAAUGAUUGUUGAAGAAGGUGGGAUUUUGCCUUUGUUGAAAUUGCUCAAAGAAAGCUACUCUUCUCCUGAUGCUCAAGUUGCAGCUAUCAGUGCUCUUUUCAAUAUUGCUACUGAUCAAGAAAGAGUAAGGUUGAUUGUUGAGUUUCUUGGAGCACCCAUAAUCGUUGCAGUUUUAGGGGAUGCUACAAUCAAAGUUCAGAUUGCUGUGGCGAACUUGGUUGCGAGGAUGGCUGAAUUGGACCCUUAUGCACAAGAAGAGUUCGUGACACAGAAUGUUACUCGGCCAUUGAUAUCGUUGUUAUCCACAGACUUGGUUUUGGAUACUGCUAAUAGUAAUAGCAGUAAUGAGUCUGCUAAAACUAGCAUCCACUCGCUUGUUCAAAUGAAUAAAGAAUUAACUUACAAGAAUAGUAGAAUCAACCGUAUUCUUUCUUUAGAUGGUAGUAGUCAUGGUAGUUCUCACCACAGAAAAGAGAGGGAGAUGCAACCACCUGAGGUUCAGCUUAAGCUCAAGGUUAGUUGUGUAUUAGCAUUGUGGAAACUGUCUACAGGGAGUGUGUCCAAUAGUAAGAAGAUUACUGAGACAAAGGGGUUGCUUUGUUUGGCCAAGAUUAUUGAGAAAGAAAAAGGGGAUCUUCAGUUGAAUUGUUUGAUGACUGUUAUGGAGAUCACAGCGGUAGCUGAGUCCAAUACUGAUCUUAGACGUGCAGCUUUUAAGACUAAUUGGCCUCCUGCAAUGGCAAUCCUGAAUCAGCUCUUAAGAGUAAUUCAGGAAGAAGAAAAUGAUCCUGUUCUGCAGAUCCCUGCUAUAAGGUCAAUUGGGUGCUUGGCUCGAACUUUUCCUGCUAGGGAGACUCGGAUAAUUGGCCCUUUGGUUGCCCGGCUUGGUAAUAGGAAUGUGGAAGUGGCAACUGAAGCAGCUAUUGCCUUGGGGAAAUUUGUGUGUCCUGAUAAUUUCAAUUGCGCUCAACAUUCAAAAACUAUUAUAGAGUUUGAUGGGGUUCCUCCUUUGAUGAGAUUGAUACGGAAUGGUGAUCAAGCCCAGGUGCAUGGCUUGGUACUAUUAUGUUGCCUUGCACUGAAUGCUGGCAAUAGCAAGGCCCUUGAACAGGCAAGGGCUCUAAAUGCUCUUCAAGGCGCAGCUCGUCCUCUGAUUAUUCAACAUCCUGAGUUGAAGGAUUUAUUUGUCAAGGCUAUACACCACCUCACUCUUUAUCAGGCUGGAGCUCAUCCUCAUACACAGCCAUUUGCAUCUGUUUAAGCAUUCAAAGCAUUUAUCCCUACUUUAAUGUUAUUCUAAUUUACCUUAUAUUAUAUUGAAAAAAGGCGAAAAAAGAUUUUCUUGAUCUAGAGAUGUUCCACAGGACUGAGUGUAAAAUUUUUGAAACAUUUAUCGGAAUCAGUUGCACAUAAUUUAUAGCCA